CGACAGUGCGGAAGUGCGGCUCCCACACAGGAUCCCGUCGGAGCAGUGAGAACACAGCAGCUCGGCCACAUUCUAACCCGGACUAAACCCUCCCCACUGAGACGAUGGGCACUAGAGAUGACGAGUAUGACUACCUGUUCAAAGUGGUCCUUAUCGGUGACUCGGGCGUGGGGAAGAGUAACCUGCUGUCCCGUUUCACCCGUAACGAGUUCAACCUGGAGAGUAAGAGCACCAUCGGGGUCGAGUUCGCCACGCGCAGCAUCCAGGUGGACGGCAAGACGGUGAAGGCCCAGAUCUGGGACACGGCCGGCCAGGAGCGCUACCGGGCCAUCACGUCAGCGUACUACCGCGGGGCGGUGGGGGCUCUCCUCGUCUACGACAUCGCCAAACAUCUAACUUAUGAAAACGUGGAGCGCUGGCUGAAGGAGCUGAGGGAUCACGCCGACAGCAACAUCGUCAUCAUGCUGGUGGGAAACAAGAGCGACCUCCGUCACCUCCGGGCCGUUCCCACCGAUGAGGCGCGGGCCUUCGCUGAGAAGAACGGCUUAUCUUUCCUGGAGACGUCGGCUCUGGACUCCACCAACGUGGAGACGGCCUUCCAGACCAUCCUGACAGAGAUCUACCGCAUCGUCUCCCAGAAGCAGAUGUCGGAGCGUCAGGAGAGCGACAUGUCUCCCAGCAACAACGUGGUCAACAUCCAGGUGCAGCCCACCGAGAACAAACCAAAGAUGCAGUGCUGUCAGAACAUCUAGCCCCGCCCCCACCGCCUGCAGGAUCUGCUGCUCCCCCUCCCUCCCCCUUAUCC